CCCAUUCACAUCAUCCGGUUAUUGCAAAGUGUGCCAUGGUACGGAUCCUUGUGAGCGUCGCACUCGUGUGUAUCUUUUAUUGUCGCUAUGGAUUUGCCAUCUACGCCAACGUCAGUAGUUCAAGAAAAAUCGAAACCAACCCCGCAAUUUGGACUGAAGAGGAUGGCAUCUGGGGUCCUUUGUUGGAGGAUUGGGCCACCCAGCCUAAAAGAACUGGACGGGUAUUACAAAUACCUCUCCACCAACCAACUUUUGUCUUGGAGGAUAAAAUCGACAACGCAUCGAACGACGAAAAGGAGAGCAAAAUAAGCCCAGGUAAAAUCGUCAAUGGAGGAACCAAUUAUAAUAAUUACAAGCCAAAACCAUCCGGUCGACCGAUCUCAGAAACUGAUCUAUACUUACUUGGUGCAAUUGAAAAAUUGGUUUACCGUACUGAUUUCAUGGAAAAACGCCUGAGAAGAGUCGAAGAGAUGCUCUACUUCGUGAUGGCCGGAAACAGAAUCGAUCAACAAGUUGAGCCAUGCACCGCAAAUUUCACGAGGGUGGGACCCAACUGCUACUUGUUCUCCAGCGUUGCUGGCAGGGAGUACGACUGGAAAGCGGCGAACAAGUACUGUAAAAAGCAAGGGGCAGUACUGGCUGAAAUGGAAACUAUAGAGGAGAACCAGGAUGUCAUCGCCUUUAUUCAAACCAACGAGUACUUAAGAGGCAAAGACUUUUGGACAGGAGGUCUCAAUCCUGGUCUCCUUUGGAUUUGGAGUAACAGUGCACGUCCUGUAACUGCGCCUGGUUCUCAGAACAAGAAGAAUCCUUCAGCUAACAUUUUGGGUGAUGGAAGGUGUCUACGAUUAGCUUACGAUCCUUCCCUAAGAUCAUAUUCGUACAGAGGUACUGACUGUUCCAUCAGAUACAGUAUCAUCUGUGAGUUACCAGAUAACACAACCAGCAACGAGAUUCGGAGACUGGGAAGGAAUAAGAAGAUACUGGAUGAGUUUUAAUUAAUUAAGAUUUAUAUUUAUACUACGUAUUUAUUGUUGGAUAUUUAUUUAU